CGCACAGCGUGACGCGGACGUGAGAAAGAGGAUAAACAAAAAAGGAAGGAAGCCUUCGGCAGUACAAUCGCGGCAAAAUCGGUUCAAAAAUUUAGCUCGUGAGCUACAGUUAGGCACUCCGUGCGGCCUUUUGUUGUCUCGUUAGGCAGCAUUUGGUGUUUGCAAUCAUGGACGAUGCAAUAAUAUUUCGUAUGAGUGCGUUUUCCGAGCAAGGAGGGAGGAAAUACAUGGAGGAUGUUGUCGAGAUAAGAAUCGAGUAUGAGCCGACGUCGGCGGCUAGCGAAGACUACACAAAGUCACACAGACACGGGGGACAGGACAACGCCGAUAGCGACUCGCCGAAACGCCCUGAAAGCGAGCUACAAGCACAUAAUGUGCCGACCGAGCCUGGCCCGGUUUCUGCUAUGUGGGUUGAGAGCCUGGCCAGCGAGGAGACCGGCGACCACGGCGCGCCGCUAUCCGACGAAAAAGUCGAGGAGCGCCUUGUGGACACUCGGAGGUCCGUGGCGUUUUUCGCCGUGUUUGACGGUCACGGGGGCCGGGAAGCAGCCCAUUUCGCCAGGGAACAUUUGUGGGAUUUAUUAAAGAGACAGAGGGGCUUUUGGUCCAAGGAUCACUCGGAAGUAUGUGCUGCUCUCCGGAAAGGAUUCAUCGCCUGCCACCAUGCAAUGUGGAAACAACUACCGGAGUGGCCCAAAACAAUUACAGGGCUCCCCAGUACAUCAGGAACUACAGCAAGUGUGAUUGUGAUCCGUGGAGUUCACAUGUAUGUAGCUCAUGUGGGAGAUUCAGCAGUAGUGGUUGGAGUGAAAGAAAACGAAUCGGAUAUCACACUUCAAGCACUUGAAGUCACGCAAGAUCAUAAACCUGAACUUCCUAAAGAGAAGGAAAGGAUCGAGCGACUGGGUGGGAGUGUAAUGAAGAAAUCUGGGGUUAACCGCGUAGUGUGGAAAAGACCCCGACUUACGCACAACGGUCCGGUGAGGAGGAGCACAGUCAUCGACCAGAUCCCCUUCUUGGCAGUGGCGCGCUCACUUGGUGAUUUAUGGAGCUACGAUUUCUACAGUGGAGAGUUUGUCGUCUCGCCAGAGCCCGAUACCACAGUGAUGACCCUUGACCCCAAACGACAUCGCUACGUGAUCCUUGGCAGUGAUGGUCUAUGGAACAUGAUGCCUCCGAAGAAUGCCGUCAAUAUGUGUUAUAGCCAUGACAAAAUGGUGGGGCCAAAAGGAAUGUCUUGUGCCUGCCGGCUGGGUUGCACCGCACUACUGUUUUGGAAAGAGCGCAUGCUUCGCGCUGACAACACAACAGUCAUUGUGCUGGCACUGCAGGAGCGCAACGGGCCCACUAUCCCGAUGCAUCGAGAUGAGAUUAUGGUCGACAUGGCUCAGGGAAUUGACCACAUUCCCUUCCCGGGAACCCCUUACAACGUAUAUGAGGUUCCGAAGCGUCAUGAGGCUGAGAAUGCCUCGUCUCCACUUAAACAACGUACAAAGACAUUGGAGCAGGCAUUUGGGGUGUAUGAAGCGGCUUUCUGUGCCACCACCGCCCACGACUUGCCUGACGUUGACUCAGCGGGAACCACGCCGUCCCCCUUAGACGGGCCGCUGAAUGUGUUCCAAAUGCAAGACUCGGCGAUCCACGUGGACCGGACUUCUGAGUCGGCUUCUCGGUUAAAAAGGUCUCACCGCACUCCACACAUUGACCCUGAAGAUGAUCAGCGUGGUAAAUCCCCAGACAAAAAUUUGCCUCAUAAGACACCUCGCAGCAAAAGUGAACGGUCGUGUGAAAUUCACAAGCGAGACAACGACAACACAGCUGGACCGCAGCAGCACAAGGCUUUCUUGUGUGUGUACUGAGUGGGAUAACCACAAGCCUCUUUUGAGAUAUUUUGACUUUAUUUGUAUAAAGUCACUCAUUUGUAAAUAUAUGGCGAACGUUGCAAUUUUAAAUGUGCUUUGUUUUUACAUUUUUCUCCUUUGGCUUAGACUCCCUGCCCCAUCUUUAAAUUUUAGUGUUGCCAGAAAUUGUAGAUUUGUUCAAUGUAGGCUGUCUAUUUUCAUACUUACACAUGAAUAUAAUGACAAUAGUAUAUAUUGAAAGAAUAUUUUAGUGGGUAAAAAUGUCACCAGUUCCUUUAGAAGGAGUUUUAGUCUUUGGAAAUGAAAGUCUAUUUUAGGAUUGUUUGGAUUUUUAUCAGUCUUUCUCAAAUGCUCCCAAAAUUCAGACCAGCCGUCAGCAGCACCCAGACAUAAUGCUGUUGAUGUUUUAUUCUGUUUUAUUAUACAGUAUUCCCCCCUCAGUCCCAUAUAGCUAUUCCUUCACCCCACGAGGCUUUGCAUGAAUUAUGGGACUGACUUCCCAUUUGAAUCGGAACCAGUGUCUUUUUUACACAGUAACUGGUUGUGCGAAUCCACUUUCAAUGACACAGACUUAAAUAAUGUGGAAACGCUCGUGGUUGCAGCUCAAAAGAGAAAACGGUCCAAUUCGACUGACAUGAAAAUAGUGACUCGUUAACAAUGAAAUUAUUAUUACUGAUCAGGAGUCCCAAAGCGUGUCACACAUUCAGCCAGCCGAAAGUCCCUGACCGGCCCUCCAAGUGGGUAUGAAAUCAAAAUAAAAUUUAAACUAUGUUGUGCUUUUAUUUCGAAAAUCAUGUUUGUGUCUAAAGUGUUGCUAACUUCACGUUUUUUCAUUUGCGAAUGUACUCCAAAUAACAGCGUUGGUCCUAAUAGCAGAAUUCUAAUUUCCUGCACAAUGAAGGGAAGAUGGCCAAGAAGACGUUGGUACAACCGCCAAUAAUAUCCCAAGAUGUACAAGACAUUUUAAAAUGCUAUGAAGGCUAAUGAUCGUUUAAAAAAAGGAAACAAACCAGAAAAAAAUAAUUCAUUAAAAUAAACUGCUCUGGCAAAUGAAAGCUGUUAUAACAAAUGAGCCACCGCGACUUCUGGGGUCUUUGAGGAGGUUGCUCUCACAAUCGUUAGUGCAUCUGUAUGCACCAGGACUCUGUUCAGUAGCGCUUCCUCACAAGGCCUUUUAGUGAAUUUCUGAUGGUUUGACUAGAAACUAAUGAAUAUUCCUCAGCAUUUAAAUAGCAAGUCCAUUUGCAGGUCAUUCCUGGCGAACUAAGUGACAAAACAAGUGUACACGUUGUCAUCAAUACCAUCCGUGUCCCGAACACAAUCGAAUGAGAAUUUGGAAGACAACCAGAAAAAGUCGAGCAUUGUCAUGUGUUCAGUGGCUGUGGUUUAGACCAGGGGUGCCCAAACUUUUUGGACCGUCGGUCACGCGCCCUCGUCGGUUAAAGAUUUACCUACUUUUUUAUUUUUUAUUUUAAAAAUAUUUUUGGGGGGAAAUGAGACUGACAGGAUUAUUAGGGUGCAGUGUACAUUCACACAAAAAUAUAUUGCUAACAUGUACAAAGACACACAAAUGUUUGUUUGUUUUUUUUCUCCUCUACACUUUUCGGAUCUAAUUGGGACGAGUCCUAGAUCUACCGGUCGAUCAGGAUCGACGUAAUGGGCACCCAUGGUUUAGACUAUAACCAACAAUAAGUACUGGAAACACCAUAUUUAUUCAUAUCCCACACCUUUCCCCAAUUUUAUUGUGGGAAGCGUGUGGGGUCGUGCCUCAAAAAGGCCAGUUUCCGACCAAAUCCAUUACCUUUCAAAAGAAAUCCUGCAGAAUUUGUCAUCACGUGCUUGUGCUUUACACCAGUGUCUUGCCAUCGUCCCCAGUUUUCUUUUUUUUUUUUUGAUAGGUGCAUAUAAGCUAUUUAAAUGAUUCACUAUGCGCUCAUGAUUUUCAAUGACCUCUUCUGUACAUUUGGAGGAGAUUUGCAAAACUAUUUGCAUAUUAAUCCACCCCUCUAUGGUACUCGGUCGGAAUGAGUACCCAUCGUGUCGAACUUGAUGUGGCAGCUGAGUUACUGUUGCAGUUGAUUCCUUUGCCUUUUUUGUUACAAGAAUUGUUGCCUUAGCACAAAGAAGUUGGUGCUUUUCAUAUGAGGGAUCCGUGUAUUUAAGAAUUUCCCAGAUACUUUGACCUGUGGUUAACCUUAAUAUUAUUUAUCGUGAGCCUUCAGUUUUCCGCACCAAGCUCAUACGACAAAAGCUUGUAACGUGGAGUCCUCACCACAGUUGCGGGCAAUUUGUUUAUUUUGUACAGUACAUCAUUAUGCAAUAGGAGUUUGUACAGUACAUUAUUAUGCAAAGUAAUCUGGUUUCCAGACGUCUGGCAUGCUCAGAUCUAUUCUGUGUUAUGAAGUUUCCAUAACUAAUGGAUGUUAAUGGACGUGCUGUGUUUUGACUAUUGCAACAUUUUGGUUUUAUAUCACCGCCACUUCUCAGGACAAACUGUAUGAGGUACAUUCUUCAAAGGUGACUGGAUAUAUACUAUCUGUGUUGUAAUAAAGUUUCCAUUUUACAGUUGUAGCUUUCGUGCAUUUGAUGUAGCGCUAAACAGAUAUAUUCAUAUCCCGCUGGGCACUUGCAAUGAUGUUUUGUACCAGUAGGUGGCAGUAGUGUCAAUUGAUUAAAAGGGUCCCAUCUCGACGUCACUGUUUUAAA